AUGACGUCUUCACCAACGUCAUCUGACUCCAGCUUGGAACAGGAGAAGUUUCUGAAACCAGAAGACGUGGAAGAAUGCAUUCCUCCAAAGGAGUUGGAAAUGAUGAUUGAAGAGAAAAAAGUGGGAACAUUGGAUGAUUUUGUGACACUCCGGUGGUACUGUAUGUUAGUUCUGCUGAUGGCUGAAUUGACAGCAUUCACUGCAACUGCGAGCAGUAAAGUUAUGGUUUUUGCAGGCGCCACACCAACAGUUGUCGGAUGUGGAGGUACUCCACUCAACGGGUGUCACGAGUUGGCUGCAUUCAGAAAUGGUACAAAUGAUUGUGUUCCUGAUUUGAAGUAUCAAUUCAAGUCAGUUCAAGUGGAGUUCAACUACGUUUGCGAUGACGCGAAAAAAGUGAAGAAUACGAUUACGGUACAGACAUUUGGAGUGUUAGUUGGAGCAGCUAUAUUUGGACAAGUAUCAGAUACAUUCGGACGGCGUAAAGCUCUUUUGAUUUCUACAUUGGGCAAUGCUAUAUUCAAUUGGAUAUCUGCUUAUUCUCCUGAUUUAUUUUAUUUUAUGGUUUGGAGGACGAUGGCUGGAGUCUUUACAGGAGGAGUUACUGUUGUCCAAAUGGUAUUCAUGGUUGAAAAUAUCCCUCGAAAAGACAGAAUGUGGAUCCAAAACUCCAUUACAUGGUCUCCGAAUCUUAUCUUAUUCCCAUUUGUUGCAUGGCUCUGUCAUGAUUGGAGAACAAUGUCCGUAGUGAUUGCAGCUGCUUCGAUUGCAACUUUCUUCGCAGUUUUCCUUCUCGAAGAAUCUCCCCGUUGGUUGAUCCAAAAAGGAAGGCUCGAUGAAGCCCGUAAAUCCCUUAUAAAAAUCCGAAAAACCGAUAGACUUUAUGAUGAGACAUUCGAGAAGCAACUGGAUGAAGUACUUCAUGUCGAAUCAGAAAAACAUGCGAGAAGCUCGAAAAAAGCGAAGAAAUAUACAUUUAUACACUUGUUCUGCACAUGGAAAAUGAUGGCUCAGUCGUUGACUUUUGUCUCUGGAAUUAUGUGCACCACAUUCAUCGUCUACUCUCUGAUGUACAAUAUGGAAAAGUUAUCAGGAUCUCUCUACUGGAAUCUUGCUAUUAUGGGGGCUUCCCGUUGGAUAAUCAAUAUCCUUGUGAGUAUCGCCGACUACCGUCUACCAUGGUUCGGAAGAAAAAUGAUCAAUCAAAUCGCAAUGGUUUCUACCCUUCUGGCUCUCUUCAUAAUGGCAGUCUAUUUAUAUUUUGGAUACGAAGGACAAGUGAUGGCAAUUGGAACAGUAGCUGCAGUGGCAAUGUGUUCACAGUUGUUCAUUGCAAAGUAUAUGAUGGUUAACGAGUUAUAUCCGACUGCUGUCAGGAAUUUGGCAGUGUCUCUUGUCUCCACGAUGAGCAGAAUUGGAUCAAUGUUCUCUCCGCAGUUGUUUUAUUUGAGUGACUACGCAGAAUGGAUUCCAUACGCUGUCCUUCUUGGCUGCCAAUUCUAUGAUUUCAUCGUUCUGUCCAUCUUCCUUCCAGAAACAAAAGGAGUCGUUUUGGAGAAUCAUCUUCCACCGAAGAAUAAGAGAAUUUUUGGAAAACGGGCAUAG